AGCGGAGCGAAGGCUCGUGCUAGCGCCCGGGCGCUGCCGGAUUGAAACGCUUGUUCGUAAUUUGGUGGUUGCUCAAUUCUUAGUCGCACGCGCUUUCUAUUUGUUGCGUAAGCGCUGCACGGCAGAACUGAGACAAGAAGAAUCGCUUGCAACCAUCGGUUUUCCUCUCACUCUAUACCAAACGUCUUGACCAUUAUCGAAGCAGCUUGUGAACCACAUCUGGAGAACGAAGCACCGAACAAAACACUUAUAGGGGCAAGCAAGUCUGGAGGUCGGGGAGCUCAUCGUGUGGCAUACCACCGUGGUAAACAAGUGCCGGCAACAGGUGCCACAGACCAGGGGAAGGACAGCAGCGACGCUAACCAGAAUAUUCGCUCUCAAAAUACGCAAUAAAGACUGGUUGAAAAGAAACAGCCGGAAACGGAGGGACGUCAGAUGUGAUAAAGCUGGUUCCCUCCGUGCCGAACGUCAAUGGUACACAUAAUGGAUCGGUGACGCUGGUUGGAACGGACCGGACUGCUUACGGGCCGUACUGCUCCUCUUGCCAGCCGGUCUUGGGAUUCCUGAUUUCAUAGGCCGAUUUUUCCAUGCUGGAGGUUUCGAAUGUCCGUAGCAUAUCAGCUCUCUGGAAGCAAAGCAACACAAAAGUGGAACGUACUUGUCUUCUGCCGCCGUCCGCAAUGACGCUAGUGCGAGUGCCUGGUUGCUUAGCGUGGAGGCAUGGCGCGGUCGUUCAGGUUAUGUUUUGCUGCGCCACAGUCACACACGCGGUGCAUCCGUUUUCCCCCAAGUUGUAGCUCAGAAGCAGGGGGUGGAGUCGGCGUUGGAUUAUGUGUUGCGCGGCUGUGUCAAAAAGUCGUUAGGAUAGAGCCCGUUGACUGGUCGACUUUUGACGGUGUUGGUCUUGUUCACGGCGACUGGGCAUCAUCAGCAUCAUCGGCAGGUGACAGACGCACAUUGACAGGAGUACCGGAGGAAGAGGUCAUGUACUUCUAUACUGUCAAAUGUGUGACUCUUCGCAUCGGCAGUUUUUCGGCGAUGUCCUGCAAUACGACGCUCUUGCUGCAGUUCCUAACAGUGUUUUGUCCUGGCUUGAGGGGGUUGCUUGUUCUGUGUUUAGGAUAUCACAACAUGCAUCCUGCGAUGACACCGAAUCCGAGUCAAGCUGCAGUGAAACUAUGGAAUGUCAUGCACGACACCCGGCACCUACUUGCAGAGCCCCUGUACACGUUGGAGACUCGCUUCGCGGCUAGGCACGGAAUGCGUAUGGUGCUCAAUGCUGUUGGCUGCAGUGUUCUUCCCAAGGCCUGUCAUACUGCCACCUCGAGACACCCCGCAACUACGAAUAUCGACACGAUUGUAGCGCUCAUGGCUGAACUCAAGGCGCCAGUAUAUACUUAUUCCAGUAUGGUGUCGAUGCAACGAUGGUUUGAAGACCACCCCGGCAAACGUGAAGAGCUACUGAUCCCCGGCGGACUCUUGGAACACAUGCUGUUCGCAGAUGCCGAUUUGCCGCUACCUCCAAUACCAACCACUCGCGGUGGGGAUAUUAAGCGGAAACGAACGAGGUUUGAGACCCCUGUCGUCGACUUCACCUCCAUGAACGAUGUUGUUCGUCCGUUUCUGCCUGUCGUACACGCCCCCUCAGAGAACACCAUCCGGUUGUACAGGAGGUCCCGUGCUGGUGCCGCGCUCCUUCUAAAACAGGAAAUUCAUGACAACUUCACCAGUUGCAAGAGGGGCAUGAACUUUUCCAAAUGGGUCCAGCAGCUCCUGCAAUCGUUAGUGACAGCAGAUUUCUCUCUUGCGGCGCACAUGGUCCUCGACUCGGUGAUCCAGGCAACGGAGCCAGCUGAAUCCGACGAUGGAGAGCAACAAGGCGAGGCGGAGCCGUCUGCCUCACAAAGUGGCCACAGCGGAGAAACGGUAGCCAGUGACGAUGAGGCGACGCCCGGCAAUAGCCAAGAGGAUCUAGACGGGCCCAGGGCGUCCGGUGAAGGUCGAAGAAAGAGAGAACGCUUUCUCCUAGAAGAUCUGGAGCCACUUUGCGCGUUCGUGUGGCAACGCUUAGGAGUGUACGGUGAUGCCUCGGCGGAGUUCCGCACCGCGUUUUUGGAGGCAGCUGUGUCCGUAAUACAGGACACUCUCAGAAGCGCUAAGCGGAGCGUUCACCAACAGAGAGCGGACCUCGGAUUGAGGGAUUUAGAGGACUUAUUUCACCACGCGCUUGGUAAUGUCGACCUCCUUAGUGUCCUCGAGCAGGUGUUGCAACGACGACCGGAAUUACUGGAAAAUUUCGAUGUGGAUUCCGAUUUGCUUGCUGCCAUCGCUAGCAGAUCAACUGAAGACGCAGACACACAGGUUAUCUCUCAACGUCGCGAGGACAGGAGCGACCCCAGCGGAGGAGGAGUGGAUCAGGAGCCGACGGAUGGAGCGCCUACUCCUCGUCUGCAGCCCCUCAUCCAAAUGCUAUUCGAUGCAGCAGGUGGUUCCGCGAUUUUUGUAGGCGACAAUGCAGUCACUUUCCUUCACGAGUUGUCAACGUCAGUUUUACCCACGCUGCUAAAGACUGCAAGAUUUUCGUGGGCGUCUCUUUCCAGCACCAUGUUGACGAUGGAAAGGUUAGAAGCAGCGCUUCGUUCUGUUGCUGUUCUUCGAUUGAUGUCGAUAUACGUCACCGUCUUAGGAGAAAAGGGCGUGCUGGAGUUAGUUCCUGACGCAUUAAAGUGCACAUGUAUCAGGAAUCAGAAGCGCGCAGAACUCACAAUCACCAAGCUGCUAAUUGUUAUCUCAAACGCGCCUCCUGCGGUGCUGGGAAUGAGACAAAUGAUGGACGAUCUGAUCGCAGCUGCAGCCGAGUCACGCAGACUUCCACACCUGGAAGAGUUUGCUGCAGGCGAGGACAGCGGUGUGGCAUUAUCAAACAUGGUUUUACAGGAUUUCCAAACACUUGCACAAACGGCGAUCAACUGCAGAACCGUGGACAGGUGGAUCGAAGCUCAUCCUCACACGCAAUCACAGUUGCCGCGUUCGGGAGUCCUGUUUUUUUACCUGCCACGACUCUUGCCACAACACGAAGGGGAUGAUCCUGUCGUUCCUGGGUCCGACGACGCAAUGUCUCCAGAGCGGCUAGCAGUGCUGUUCGGCCUUGGCGAUUAUACGCGACUGUCUUCGGCUAUCGCACCUUACUGCAAGGAAAGCGAUUUCCCACCAGAUGAUGCAGAAGCGCGUCAAGAGUGGGAAGAAGCACUGGCCUCACACCUUCGCCUGGCGAGCCACCGGGCCCAGUCCGAUUUCACGCGGUUUCUGCUCAACCCUCACGAGAAUAUAACGACGUUGUUGCAGUGCCUUAUGGGCCUCGAAGCAGAACUUGCUCGUGCACAAUACCUCACAGACCAAUCUCCCGGACUCUUGGAAAGUUCCAGGCUGUUAGGCAGCUCUUUUAGGUCAGCUUCAAGGAUGUCAGCUACGAUUUGGGAAGACAUCGGCUUUUUUGGGCCUUUGGCCGAGAGUGCAAGAGAGGCGGUAGUCAGCUUUUUUCUUCAACCAAACGACGCUGCGGUUCAAGAGGCACUUGGUGCGAAUGCAGAAGGCACGUUUCAAGAGCGGCUGCUGCUACAGAAACGCACUCUGGGUGGACGAUCUCGGAGGUUACCUAUUCUUGCGCAUAUGAAUGCCUGGCUUCAGCGUAAUCCCGAGAUCCUUGAGAGCCCUUACCUGGCUGCGGACUCGGUUCUCAUGACGGCGAUUCUAGACGCCUCGCCGGAACGACGACAAGAAUAUCAGCUGGGCGCUAGGGGACGGCGGUUCGACGGAAACGAUCCAGGUUCUCAAGGCCCGAUAGUACACGGCGUUAAGGCACGCCGACACACACAGAAACGGAAGUGGCACAGACACAGUGGAAAGACCGGUUCUGAUUCGCCGACAGCGGGCGCAGAUGGGACAACGAAACGUUCAAAAGCGGCAGCUCAGCCAACAGAUGCCCCACAGACCCAACCCAGCACUGACGCGUCCGGUCUCGGUGUCGAGUCCAUCGGAGCCGCGCUUCAGGCCGCGGAAGGAUGGGCUGACGACCGCGCUACACUCACAUCCCCAGAUCUGGCACAACCCCCGGUGGAGGUGCCGGAGUCUGAGCAGACAGAGGACGAGCCAGGGACAUCAGAACUGAUCGACCCAGUGGAUGGUGAAAUGUUAAGCGACCUUUCUGAAGCAGAAAGGCCGAUUCAUCAGGAUGCAGAGUCGGCCAUUAUAGCGGCCGCUCGAGCGUUGGUGAGUUUGCAUUCAUUGGGGGACGGCCUGGUCGGCAUCGAGGAAGUAGAUGGGGUGAGUCUCCCACAAGCUGAUCAAGUCGAGCAUCAUACCGCAAGAGAGCAGCGCACCGAGAAACUGGAGUUACCGGAAUUUGCAAGUGGCGACGGGUACGUCGGGCUCAUUCCUGAGGAGCAGGCGUUCGUCUCAGCUGGCGACGGAAGGUCCGACUUCUCGACCACGGCAGAUAGCGUGGUCCAGCAUGACCCAAGUACGUCAGGAUUCGGUGAAGGUCCGGGAGAUUCUGCCACGGAUGAGGGUGAUGUUCCAAAUGCGGACGUACCUCUAGACAUGUCGGCCAAAUCAGGAAUCAUGGGCUCCUUUCCCGGCACAUCAGGAGCACCGAGCGAUCACCUAUACUUGGGAGACGACUAUGACGGAGACGAUUAUAUGUCAGAAGAGGAUGGUCCCUUAGACCUCUCCGUCAAACCAGCUGAUGCGUUCUCAUCAGGAGCGCCUAUCGAUGGUGGCGCACUUGGAAGCGAUUCAGAAGAUGAUGGUGAUCUGUCACCUGAGGAUGUACCUCUAGACCUGUCGGCCAAAUCAGGAAUCAUGGACUCCUUUCCCGGCACAUCAGGAGCACCGACCGGUCCCCCAUACUUGGGAGAGGACUACGAAGACGACGACUAUAUGUCAGAAGAGGAUGGUCCCUUAGACCUCUCCGUCAAACCAGCUGAUGCGUUCUCAUCAGGAGCGCCUAUCGAUGGUGGUGCAGUUGGAAGCGAUUCAGAAGAUGGUGGUGAUCUGUCACCUGAGGAUGUACCUCUAGACCUGUCGGCCAAAACAGGAAUCAUGGGCUCCUUUCCCGGCACAUCAGGAGCACCGACCGGUCCCCCAUACUUGGGAGAGGACUACGAAGACGACGACUAUAUGUCAGAAGAGGAUGGUCCCUUAGACCUCUCCGUCAAACCAGCUGAUGCGUUCUCAUCAGGAGCGCCUAUCGAUGGUGGCGCAGUUGGAAGCAAGUCAGAAGAAGGGGAGGGUCCUCCAGAUGAGGACGAACCCCUAGACCUGUCGCCUAAAACAGGAGGCAAACCAAGUGGAACUUAGAGUCAAGGUUCGGUGGACGUUGGCCGAUAAGCUAGUCGCCAGGUGUUAUGCAACACCACGCUGUCAGCCUAUCGCCGUAUGCUGUGGUGUUGAAUGUGAUGCGAAAGGGAUACUACAGUGUGACGUUCAUCACCGCGAUUCAAUGCUCUUUCGUCCGCUCGAAGCAUGUAUCGUGUUCGCGGUAAAACAUCAUCAUCUGGGAACAGACGAUACGUCAGCGUCAGUCCGCAGGAACAGAAAAGAUUAGCUGCUUUCCGGCAUGUUGCGUGCCAUUUCACUGGCGCAGCUGCAUAACAUGUGUGGAUGCUCCAAGCUGCCACGUUCGACGUCAACUUGCCCGAUAACAAACUGUAAGCUCUAUAGCUGACUUGAGAGCCAUUAGGGUGCGCUGUGGAUGCGGUUGGCAUGGACUAGCCACCACUACCAUUUGUCAACGUGAUUGCUCCCCAGACAAAGCACACUCUCGACUUAUCUCUUACACUGGCACAACACGAUUGGGACAGGAGUUCAUUUUCUUUUUCAGUUGUGCAGUUGAGAAAGUCGUAAAUUGUUGUGUUUUGCUUAUGACCGACCUGAAUAAAGUGUCUUCUCAUCUCGCAUUCAGGCGUUGAUGCAAUAUUUGUGCAAUAGGCUUGCCAUUGUCGCUAAAAGGAGAAACAGUUCUCUUGUGUGUAAGGCAUCGACGGAAUGACGGAACCGAAGGUGUACGACGUAUCGUGAAGAGGGCUCUUCUUGCUUGACGGCAACCAUUUGGUUUGGUGGCUUUCGAGCUAUGAACGACGCUCUGAACCAUCGGUUGCCACGUUAUACUGUGAGAGGUAAAUGUUUCUGGAUUAAGGACUGUGCAUGUGCAUGUGGUGGCAGUCGUAUUUGGAAGACGAAUAUGUCCACUACUAGGAUUUCGCAGGUUGAUCAGUACUGAACCGCCCCUGUCACGCUGAGUCCGUGUCUUGCCCUUCGUUUAGGCGUGUAUUAAUGUGUGAUCGCAUAUAUCACAGUGUGGAGAUAGAGAGUGAUCAAACAGACUGUCACGAGACACCUUUUGAAACCAAGUCGAC